AGGAAAGAAGCCGGCCGCUGCGCGAUCGUAUGAACACUAGUCCCGCCCACGUGGAGGGACCAGCUGUGAAUGCUGUCGGGUGAUUGGAGGAGCAACUAUGAACGACUGGCGGUUGCUGGCUAUAGGAAGAAGGAAGCUGUGGGGCUGUGGUAGGGGAAUUUAGUGGCCACGCGCGCGUCUACGGGUCUCGCGCGUGGUCUUUUUUUCUCGCGUUAGCUCUCUGCUUCUCCCCCAUGAGUUCCGCUGCCGUUCCAGGCGUCCAAAGUACGCUGGCGGGCUCUGCUUCUUCCCCCUCGGCUACUUCGGCCCCGACGGCAAAGCCCCUCUUCAGACACGUGCACUACGAGAACCUGCUCGCCGGACUGAGCGGCGGCGUCGUGUCCACGCUGGUCCUGCACCCGCUGGACUUGGUCAAGAUCCGCUUCGCAGUGAAUGAUGGCUUGGAGCUGAGACCAAAAUACAAUGGUAUCUUUCAUUGUUUGUCAACCAUCUGGAAACAAGAAGGAUUACGUGGUCUGUACCAAGGAGUGACUCCAAAUGUUUGGGGGGCAGGUGCCUCUUGGGGUCUGUAUUUUUUCUUCUACAAUGCAAUCAAAGCCUACAAGACAGAGGAUAAGCUGGAAAGCCUUGGAGCAGCUGAACACCUAGUGUCAGCAGCUGAAGCUGGAGCAAUGACUUUGUGUAUUACAAACCCAAUAUGGGUAACCAAGACUCGGCUUGUGUUACAAUAUGAAGCUGGUGCAGACUUGUCAAAGAAGCAGUACAAAGGAAUGUUUGACGCUCUUAUUAAAAUAUACAAAUAUGAAGGCAUACGUGGGCUAUAUAAGGGAUUUGUACCAGGUCUGUUUGGAACAUCACAUGGAGCCCUUCAGUUUAUGGCUUAUGAAGAAUUAAAAUCCCGAUAUAAUAAAUUUAAAAACAGACCAUCAAAUAUGAAACUGAACACUUUAGAAUAUAUUACCAUGGCAGCAUUAUCCAAAAUAUUUGCAGUCACAGCAACAUACCCCUAUCAGGUUGUGAGGGCACGCCUCCAGGAUCAGCACAACAGAUACUCUGGAGUACUCAAUGUCAUCCAUAGGACGUGGAGGAAAGAAGGAGUUCAUGGAUUUUACAAAGGAAUUAUGCCCAAUGUAAUUAGAGUCACUCCUGCAUGUUGUAUCACAUUUGUAGUAUAUGAGAAAGUAUCCCAUUUGUUACUUGGACUUAAUAAUAACUGAAUAUUGAAGAUUGACUUGACAUAUUGUUCUUCACCCUCUCCGUUAAGCAGGUAUGCUGCACAACUGUCUGGCAUAGAUUUUUUUUUUCUGGAUUCAUAUUUGCCAGUUUCUUUUGUAACACUUUUUGAAUGGACCAAGGUCACCAGAAAGUUGGUAUGUUUCAAAUAUAUUUUAUAUUGAUCUCUCUGUAAGUAUCUCAGAAUAAAUUGUUCAUGUGAUCACCCUCAGUGAAUUCAGUUUUCCUUUUAUUCAUUAGUUAACAAGGAUUAAUAAGAAUUUUAAAAAAUAAUGAACAGGGCCAGACAUACUGUAAUAGCAUUUUGCUUAAUAAGCUAUCAUGUUAGUUCUGAUUGCUAUGAAACUGGGGCUAAAACUAAAGGUCUACGCUAACAUAGUUAAAUCAAAAUUUAUAGUUAAGCAGUAAUUAUAUGAGACUGGAAUGAAUAAAUAGCAUAACAAUGGCUGGCCAUUAUCACUUUUGCCAUCGCUCCAAUUGUACUGCUGUUUGAUUUAGAUUUUGCCUCUCUUCCCAAAGUGUAGACUUUUCUCUCUUUUUGACCUCUGCCCACUCAGAGUGAUUUGUCCAGCCCACGUAUCUCUGCUCCUGCCACCCUCCCCUACCUACUUCCCCCUAUCUAACCUAGGCAGGGCAAGGAAUAUUAGCAGUUGCUGAACUUUCUAAUCACAUGGGCAUUAAUUGUAUUUGUGU